CUACUCACCCGGAUACUCCGGUCAGCCCCUGUCAGAGGCUUGCCAUGUGAAAGUGGAGCGAGUCACUCCUCUGGGGGUGGAAAGAGGAACUGCCACACAACGUGCUGGCCUCUUUCUCCACGUCCAAGCCGGCAUUUGAGCUUGGUUCGCAGUGAUGAAUGCUGUCGCUCAGCAACACCUAGCAAGAAGUCCCUGUCCAAAAAAAUCUGAGAAGUGUCCAAGUUUAUCCAGUUUGAGCUGACAUCUCCAAAAACCUCAAGUGUCUUUUCAAAGGGGAAGAAAUUGUCAUCAUCUCAUUUUUGUAGUGCCAUGCCCACCAAUAAGUCCCCACCCUGGGACAACGGAACCCCACAGGCUUGCUGUGACAUGGCCAUGUCAACCAGCGUAUCGGUCAGCUUCGACCCAGAGACUGUUGCGACUGCUCAAGUGCCUUUUCCUAACCAAGAGCGCACCAAACGUCCUGCUUCUUCAUCUGUUCAGAUGCAAGAGAAUGCAACCAAGAGUCAAUCCACAGCCGUUCCUAUUCAGCCGCUGAUGUUUAAUGGCAUUCCAAGUGCAAUCAGGUCAACGGGGGCAAAGCCAAUUGGCAGCAGCGCCCUGGACACAGGUGACCAUUCUUCUUCUACUCUCAAAAGGGAAAACCUCAACGCCCCGAGAGGCGGCACCUUGCAACGAAUCCAAGGACAUCCUUCUAUGCAGAUGAACGUCUGUAAGCUUGAAACUGCAGAACUUGCCUCCCCGAUUCCAGUGCCUUUGGUAUGCCUUACUCCUUUUGAAGAUCCAGGAACAAAGAUGGGAAAAGAUGCCUCCAGCCUUGAUGCCAAAGUGGAAAUGAGCAAGACCUUUCCGUUGACUUAUUGUAACCAGCGGAACACGGCAGCAAAGUUCAGUCACACACACAGCAGCCAUGCUAAAUCGGCUACAGUAAACAAUCCCCUUCAAGUCAUUGAUGUUUGUCCACCAACUGUUAGUAUUAAGCCUCUAACGUUGAUAGCUUUGGAUUCAAACAAGAAAUUCCCACAAAGUGCACGGGAUGAAAAUAGAACCAUAUUGGGGAAUCUCAAUGGUCACGUGCCAAAUGGCCUCAAUGCCAGUGCCACACCAAAAGAUCAGCCCGGACCGCAGGACAGCCUCCCAGGAGCGCUGAUGGGCUCUGUGACCACCAAGAUCUCCGCCAUCCACCUGACUAAGCAGUCACCAACUGCCUCCGUCGCAGCUGUGUGCUUGUCCUCCACUCCCUCUCAAUGUGAGGCCAGAGAUGCCAGCUCAGACUGUGACAUGCAGGUGGAUUGCGGCGGUGAGGAGGAGCUGCCUUACGAGUUGGAGACCGCCUGCAGCGAUGACGAUUGUUCCGUCUCGGCUUGUGUCAACGGUACUUCAUCUACUCCAUUGCAAUUGCAUCUGUCUGGUGUUGAAGAGCCCAUGUUGUUGGAGGUGGAGGAAAAUCAGGUGAAGAAACCGGCUCUCGUUCCCAGCCUGUUCUCACUCUUCCCUCCCACACUCUAUUUCAGUUCUGCCAAUGAACAAGUUGAAAUGCUGCCCGAAGAGCAAGCGCGACUUUUAAAGUGGAAGAUUAGCACAGUGACGCCCAAUGUUGUGAAGAACGCCAUCGCUAGGUCGCACUUCGUCCACACCAAGAAAAGCCAUGACUGGUUGGGCUGCUGGGGACACCACAUGAAGUCUCCUUGUUUCAAGACUCUUCAAGAACACCAGAAGUUGAACCAUUUCCCCGGAACAUUCCAGAUUGGCAGGAAGGACCGACUGUGGAAGAAUCUGUCCAAGAUGCAGAAUCGCUUCGGCAAGCAGGAGUUCAACUUUAUCCCGCGCACCUAUGUCCUUCCUCAGGACAUCCUGCAGCUACGCAAGGCCUGGAAGGACGGGUCCAGACAGAAGUGGAUCAUCAAACCGCCUGCCUCAGCCAGAGGAGUGGGAAUUCAGGUCAUUCACAAAUGGAGCCAGAUGCCGCGCAAGAAGUCAAUACUGGUCCAGAAGUAUCUCCACAAGCCCUACCUCAUCAGUGGUAACAAGUUUGACCUGCGCAUCUACGUCUAUGUGACAUGCUACGACCCGCUCAGAAUCUACAUCUUCUCAGACGGACUGGUCCGCUUUGCAAGCUGCAAAUAUUCGUCCUCCAUGAAGACGCUGAGUAACAAGUUCAUGCAUCUGACCAACUACAGCGUCAACAAGAAGAAUUCGGAGUACCAGACCAACAGCGAUGACAAAGCCUGCCAGGGACACAAAUGGACUGUGAAGGCCUUGUGGCAAUAUCUUGGCUCCAGGGGAGUUAACACCACCGUGAUUUGGGAGAAGAUUAAAGACAUCGUCAUCAAAACAAUAAUUGCGUCAGAACCGUAUGUGAACUCUCUGCUCAGGAUGCAUGUGCGUACACCUUAUAGCUGCCAUGAGCUGUUUGGCUUUGACAUCAUGCUGGAUGAAAACCUGAAACCCUGGAUCCUUGAGGUCAACAUUUCGCCCAGCCUCCAUUCCAACACGGCACUGGAUGUUUCCGUCAAGGGUCAAAUGGUUCGCGACCUCUUAAACCUGGCGGGCUUUCGUAUCCCUCAUCAAGAGGAUGUUGUCACCGCCAGUGGAAGCACCUCCAGCUCCAACAGCAGCCUGUGUGGCGUAAGCAAGGAGACGAGCAAUGUGGAGGUCUCCGUUGACGAGAAGGUGAAACGGGCCUUUUACCUCAAACAGCGCUUUGCUGACCAGAGCGUCCUGGCGACAGUGUUGGAUGUUUUGACUCCCAAUGAUGUCCGCGUGCUCGCCGAGAGUGAAGACGAGUUGAGCCGCCGAGGAGAGUUUGAACGCAUUUUCCCGUCGCCGUCGUCAUCCAGAUACCUGCGCUUCUUUGAGUGUCCGCGCUACCUCAGUAUCGUGUUGGACCAGUGGGAGCGCAAGUACUGCAACAACAGGACAAAAGGUAUCAAUCUCCUCAGACCUUUGUGUCAGAAAGGAGUCCAUCUUGGCACCAAUGAUCCUGCUCACAUGUGGUCCAAGUGUAACUACAUCUCCAAAUUUGAACACCACAGAGAAGCACCAGUCUACCCUUCGAAAUCCAGGGUGGUGGUCAUCUAUCCACACCAGUCUGAUCACAUGGACAUGGACGAAGGCUCAGACGGGGACGCCUUUGUUCCUAGUCCACCCGAUUUGCAAAGUCCCAGAUCCAGUGCCGGCAGCAGCGCCCGUGCCAGUCCUCAGCUCAGUUUGUGAGGCCUCCUCACACCCACAACGACAUGCUCAGGGUCUUCGACUGCCUACUGCCAAUGACGUCACCGUGGAUUACAUUGAGCAAGAUCCAAUCUCGUAACAAUUCAGACCAAUUGAUGACAACUGUUGGUUGAUGGGACCUUGAAAAAUAAAAAAAAACGUACAAAAGAAAUGCUAUUUUGUCAGGCUACUAUAGGCAUGGGCAAUUCCGGUCCUUCAUGUUUUAGAUGCUUUUCUCCUCCAACACACCAGAUUCAAAUGAACAGGAUCACUAUCAGGCAGCUUGCUGAUGAGCUGAUCAUUUAAAUCCGGUGUGUUGGAGGAGGGUGACAUCUAAAACAUGCAUGAUAGUGGCCCUCGAGGACCAGGGGUGUUUACCCACCACUGGGCUACUUUAAUCCUAAAAUGUUACUGAUGAAUGCAUAACAAAAACACAAUCUCGCAUAGUUUCUGACCAAGUCAGAAUAGGGGUGCUGAAUGGGCCACAGAAAGCCCGCUGCAGUAUUUAAUCUGUCCUGCCGUGCAAUUCUAAAAACAAGUCCAUACAUUUAUUCUGCUCAUAAUAAUUUAUUACUAUUCUGCAGUUUUAUUUUAUUUUUUAGUUAUGACAGAGUUUUGUGACCCUCGCCUUUGAAGUGUUUCGAAGCACCUAAAACAAACGUCACUUGAAUUGCGAUGUCAACCGCGUGCUUGUUGGCGUGACGAGUAAUGCUUGACCUGAAGCUUUGUGUGACGACACGAAACGCAGUCUAUCGAACGGAUGGAUCAAGCAACUGCACGUUCCCCUUCCGACCACUCUUCAGUGUGUGCUAUCAGGAGUAAAAUGUUUACAUUUGAUAUCAUUUGCUGACACUUGCUGAGGGCGAGGAUGGACUACACACUCGACCCAGGGAGGUUCCUGCAGAAGUGGCCUUUGGAACUGGCCUGUUGCCACUUUGAAUAAUACUGUAAUCCUUAACUAUAAUCACCAGAAAUGAGCAGCGCCUGUUUAUUCAGUGUUAAAGGGAGUUUGAUGAAUGUUGAAUGCACACCCUCUGACUGUUGACACAAAGGACAUUGGUUGCUCUUGGAACAGAACCGCAGAUGAUUAGAAACCACAUUAACCUUCCAACCCCAUAUUGUUGCUUUUGGAUUCUGCUGUAAUAAAUCCUUCGCCAGAUGCAAACUCACCGGAAGCACACUUGUCUUUCUAACUUAGAGCACAGGACCCACUGGCCGUUAUUGGCUGGCAGGUUUUUUUUGUCCUUAGUAAAUGUAUCUUUGUAUUUCAAUGACGGCGAGAACACCUUCAGAAAGCCACGCACGUUUACACCUCCAGUAAGAAGCAGGUCAAUUCAGGUGUGGAUUUGGAUAAAGGUGUAUUUGCACCCUUUGAUUUACAAAAAAUGGGAGCGUCCACCCUCCAGAAUCGCAGUGGCAUCACCAGUAGCCUGAUGGCUAACAAACAAAUGGCCAAAAAAAA